AGCGCUUUGAAGUGAAGAGCCUCCUGUUGACGAGCAAAGCUCCUGAAUUGCCUUCUGCAACCAUGGGUGGUGGUGCAUCUACUGAGCACAAGAGCUUGAUUGAGGGCAAGUCCCCAGAGGAAAUCGCGGCAGCUCUCAAGGAAUUGCCGCCAGAUCAGCUUUCCAAGAUUUGGGCCGCAGUGGACAAAAAUUCGCCAUGCCCAGGCCCUGUGGAUUGCAGUAGCAUCACCGUGGUUGCCAAGGACUACAAGGGCAUGCUGGAUCAACCAAGCGCGCCAAAGUUUAAGGGUGCGUUGGCCCAGAUCUAUGUCCGAAGCCAACCCUAUGGAGGUUCCGAUAAGAGCAACAAUGGCCACCGCUACGAUUCCAUCCCGAUCGUGAAUGGCAUGAUCAGCGCUGGAAUGAGUUGCCAGCUGAUUCACUACACACACGAGGAGCACGACAAGUUUUUCGAGCUUUGCAAAAGCUUCGACUUUGUCAUCGUGCGAUGCAAUCCAGGCCAGAUCAAGGCAGACGGCGGUGACCAACAGAAGUUUGAUGAUGGCAUGCGUGCUUUGAGGAAGAUGGGCAAGCAGGUUUGGCCAUCCCCUGAUGUCAUGGAGAAGAUGGGAGCCAAGGAUGCCUUGUGCAAGGUGGCUACCAUGAACAUUGGUCUCCCAGACACUCUGGCCUACUACAGCCCUGAGGAGUUCUCAGCUGGCUUCAAGAAGACCAUGGCGUUCCAGCCACGUGUCAUCAAGCAGAAUCGUGGCUCAUCUGGCGAGGGCAUUUGGAUCAUCAAAUUGAAAGAUGAGAACUACUGCAAGGAGUACGGCGAGAGGUCCUGUGAGGAUGGUGAGAAGCUGGUCCUCAUGGAGGCCAAUGACAACCAUGAGGAAGAGCACACGGUGGCCGAGUUUGUUGAAUUCUGUGUUCAUGGCCGUACGGACAAGUCAGGUGAGUGGACCUCCAAAGGUGUCGGCAAGUACUUGGAGGGUGGCAAGGAGGCAGGUGGCCAGCUUGUGGAUCAGCGCUUUUGCCCACGUAUUGUGGAAGGCGAACUGCGCUACAAUCUCAUCGGUGAUUCUUUGAUUGGAGUCAUUCACAAGAAGCCCAAGGAGGGAGGAAUCUCUGCCGUUGGUGGAACUGGUUCCAUCUACACCUUCUACGGACCAGAGGAGCCACUUUUCGCAAGUUUGACCGAGAACUUCUUGAAGAAAGACUUGCCCCAUGUGAUGCCUUCCCUGGACUUGGCAGAGGAGCCGUUGCCACUUUGGUGGACCACUGACUUCAUCAACGCCUCGCCUCCCGGAACCAAGGCUGAGGAUGAGAAGUGGAUUGUGGGCGAGUUCAAUUGCUCCUGCGUGGGGAUCUCCCGUUGCUUGGCUGCCUACUGCAAGGACGACACCCCCAACGCCUGCUGGGAUGACAUCUCAGAGGAAGACAAGGCAGAGGCAAAGAAGAUGGGCGACCUCAUGGGAGAAAAGGCGUUGGCCAUUCUCUCAAAGUGAGAGGCCUUUCCCAGCUGCAUGCUGAUGCAUCCUGUAUCAAAUCAUGUAGCCAAAUCCAUCCAAAUCCCGCGCACCAUGAACUGCAAUUGCAGCAUGGUUUUUCAUCUCACACCACCUUGAAGUUGCACAAAGUAGUCGAACUGACCUUGCCUCCAUGGCC